GCUGAAAGUUAUUGCGUGGCUCUGAAUUCUUCAUAAUCAAAAUCCGCGCCCACCAAUGUAUUAGCUGGAAACCAAAUAUAACUGAACGCCUCAAAUGGCUUAUCGACCAUUGUUAAUCUAACUCAGAAAUUAUAGUGACUACAAAAAGACAACAACAACAAUGAUUAUGUUAUAAGUCAAAAAGCCUCAGCAUAGUUAAGGGAGCAAUUUGUAUUGUUGCCCCAGAAACCACCAAAGUAGCGGUGUCUUCAAAUAGCGCAACCAUGCGUUGGUACACAAGAAGGCCGCCUUUGCUGCCGUUUAUUAAGCCCGUUCGGUUUCAAAGCACAUGGACGUAAGGUUUCCCCCAAUCACUAUUUAAAUUACGUACACAAUGAGCGCGUAUGCCGUCAAUGCUGUUAAUGCCAACAGAAACAAAAGCAACAAACAUCAAGACUAACUCAGGCGAGAACCAACCACCAAUACAAUCAACGCAAGACGCAAUGCCACAAUCAUUAGCCACAACAAGUGCCAACCACUUUGCGAAAAUAACUGCGAGCACAAUAACGGUGAUGGCAGCGACGAACACUAAAACUCUAGUUUUGUUCACCGUCGCCAUGUUCGUACUGCCUGUGGCCUUCUCAGGGAAUGUGGCUGCUGUGGCAGCAGCGGCGGCGGCGGUCAGCAACAUGAACGACGAGUACUUAAGAAUUAUCGCCGGUGCGGAUUCUGGCGAAGAGACGGCCACAAAAGCCGCAAUUACUUUGGAAAAGCACAUUGGCAAUAUUGCUCCUGUUGUUGUUGCAACACCUACGCCACCCUUGCAGGGAGAUCAACCGAAGUAUUUGAGUUUCAUGGCGAGUGUGUUGCUUAAUGAUGAAGGCGGCAAUGGUAGUGGUGGCGGUAAGGGCACAGACAGUCGGUCCGGCCUUGGGAGUGUAAAUAGUGGCGGCAAUUUAGUUCCUAUAAAAUCGGCAGUGACAGCUGCCGGGUCUGCAGCGGCGAAAGCAUUCAACGACUCGUUAGCGUCCGCCGUGACGUCGACGUUGACGACUGCGUCUGCAUCAACACCCGAAUGGUCGACACACUUAGCAUUUGUCAUCUUCAAAUGUUGCAUUAUUAUACUCAUUAUACUCGCUGCCAUACUCGGCAAUGUGCUCGUGAUUGUGUCCGUUAUGCGGCAUCGGAAAUUGCGUAUUAUCACGAAUUACUUUGUGGUUUCAUUGGCCGUGGCUGAUAUGUUGGUGGCCCUGUGCGCCAUGACAUUCAACGCUUCCGUCGAGAUUACCGGGAAAUGGAUGUUCGGCGCCGUAAUGUGCGAUGUGUGGAACAGUUUCGAUGUUUACUUCUCAACGGCGAGUAUUAUGCAUCUCUGCUGCAUAUCCGUGGAUCGAUAUUUUGCGAUUGUUCAACCGCUCGAUUAUCCACUGAUUAUGACGCAGGGGCGUGUGUACUUUAUGCUCUUAAUGGUGUGGCUGUUGCCCGCGCUUCUCUCAUUUCUACCGAUUUGCUCAGGCUGGUACACGACGGAGGAAAAUUGGAAAUAUUUAAAAAGCAAUCCACACAUUUGCGAAUUUAAAGUGAACAAGGCCUACGCUAUUGUUAGUUCCUCGAUGAGUUUCUGGAUACCUGGUUUCGUAAUGGUCUUCAUGUACUAUCGCAUUUAUCAAGAGGCUGUACGACAGGAACGGCUUGUCUACAGAUCCAAAGUUGCUGCUCUCCUUCUAGACAAACAUUUGCAGAUUAGCCAAAUACCCAAGCCUCGACCGAGUAUCCAAGUUGAACAGUCGACCAUUACAACAAUGCGCCGGGAGCGUAAGGCCGCACGUACGCUAGGAAUAAUAAUGAGUGCUUUUCUACUCUGUUGGGCGCCAUUUUUCUUAUGGUAUUUAGCGUCCACACUUUGCUCCAGUUGCACCACACCGCGCAUUGUUGUUGGUAUACUCUUUUGGAUUGGCUAUUUCAAUUCGGCUUUGAAUCCCAUCAUUUAUGCCUACUUCAAUCGUGAUUUUCGUGGAGCUUUCAAGAAAACACUGAAGUCCUGCUGCCCAUAUGACCUCAUAAAUUGUCGCGUCAGCGCGGGCGCUGACUUACCGCCAUACAUCAACUCCACCGCCUCCUCCGAAAUACACAUGAACAUUAUACGAACUCGUCAAUACGCCACGUCGUCAUCGAAUCAGCUGCAACCGUUCUAUCAGAACUAAAAAUGUAAUAAAGUUGAAUAAAUUGAACCAAAGAAGCAACCAAGGAAAUUGAACUGAAAGGGACGAGGAAAGCAAAGUAAAAAUGAACUCGGCAAUUCCUACGAUGAACGAAGCUGGCUACCAGGCCAAAUUACUCCGCCAAACAAAAAUAGCAACCAAAGGAGCUCGAAAAUAAACAAUAAUAUUAAUAAAAUAGUAAUACAUUUUAGGUGUAUGUGCAUGGAUGUGUGUAGUUUGUUGUGAGAAAUACUCGAAAGUAGGUAAAACACUUACAUACCAUACUUACCACCAUCUCUGUAAAGUUUAGCUAUUAAGAACCAAAAAAAAUUAAGUAGAAAGCAAAACAAAAUAGAAAAUAUCAAUAUAACAUAAUAAUAGCAAAAAUAAAAAAAAAUGAAUAAGCGAGUAUUAGGUGUUGUAUUUGUAGUAAUAAAUAUUAAUUAAUAUUUGCAUCGGCAGGUUAAUGUAGUUACAGUGAGUUUACGAGAAUAAGAGACAACAGUUUAAAACUAUAAAACAUCGUGACAAUCCCACAGAAUUGAAAA